AUGAAACGUUUAUGCAAAUCGCCUGAUAAAGGUGCAGGCGCGCUGCCUGAGGAAAUCAUAUUCGACAUAUUGCAUGGUUUGCCUUCAAAAUCUCUAGCAAGGUUUAAAUGUGUAUCUAAGUGUUGGCGAAAGUACAUUCCUCAACCAAAUCUAAUUGGUUUUUUUUAUCAAGCUCGGGACACCAGAUUACGUUCGCAAAUUCGUUUCUUCUCGUCGUCAUUAGAUGAAUCUCCGUCUUCACGACUAGUGAAUAAUAUUACUAGUUUGGAGGAGUCAGUCAAGUUUCUUGGCAAGAAGAAGAGAGAGUAUAUUGUCGCAUCAUCCAAUGGUUUUCUUCUUUUCGUUAAUAACCCGCGGGUUUAUUAUGUUUAUAAUCCUGUCACAAGACAGCGUUUGGCUCUUCCUAAAACUAAAAUCCGGAUGAAGGACCCAGCUGUUGGUUUUUUUUGUAAGGUAGAUGACCCUGGUAAAGAUGUCGCCUCCUUUACUAUAGUUCGCUAUGCAUUGCCUUCUGUUUGGGGUAUAAAUUUCACUAGUAUAACAAUUGAAAGUUUCUCUUCUGAGACUAAUAUUUGGACGGCCAACAAUAUAAAUCUUGAUGUACCUCUUACAUUUUGCCCAUCUUGGGAUAUAAAAACAUCAUCAGCUGGUGUCAUAGAUGGAGUAUUCUGUUGGUUUGAUCAACGACCACAGAUCACUGUUUACGAUAGUGUCCAUAAGUGUCUAUGGGCAUUGGCAUUGCCUGAAUCUGAAGAGAUUGUGGCCGGUCGAGACAGUUCAUGUUUUCUUGGAAUAUCAGGUGGGGCUUUGUAUUUGGUAUUGAAUGAUAGAUUUGGGUCACCUAUUACUGUAUGGUACCUUGAGAGUAAUAUUCGUAGUCGAGAUGCAGUAUGGGUUAGGAAGUAUGUUGCCAAUACCGUUGUAAAAUGUCCACAGGCUUUUGGACUAGCUAGCUUACAUGUUAUUGAGAAGCGAAACAUGGUUAUUCAUCCUACUGUUCCGCACAUCUUUUAUUUUGUUGUAAGAGGUAAAGUUAUUUCUUAUGACUUGGAGACGAAUAUUGCAGAACUUGUGUAUGAUUUUGGAGAACCUUGCUGGAAAACACGAUGCUACACAUUGUUUUCUUACGAGUGGCAUCACACUACUGGAAAAUGA